UAUGGCAAUGGCCUCAUGGAAGUUGGCGGUGGUAUAGUUGGCACCUUUGUUGGUGGGACGGGCAGGGAUCCCGGUGUCGUUUUCUCUUCCGUGGAUGGGAAAAUGGUCAUGAAGAACCUCAACGACCGUCUGGCCAAUUACUUAGACAAAGUGCGAUGCCUGGAGACCAAAAAUGCUGAGCUUGAAACCAAAAUUGAAGAUUUCUUUGCCCAGCACGGGCCCAUUGGUGAUCCAAAGGACUACAGCCACUACUAUCGACAGAUUGAAGAGCUUAAAAAGCAGAUAAUUUGUGCAUCUGUGGCGAACAACAAGAUCCUUCUCAAGAUAGACAACAACCAGUUGAAUGCUGAAGAUAUGAAACAGAAGCUUGAGACUGAAUAUGGCCUUCGUCAGAAUGUAGAAGCUGACAUUAAUGGGUUACAUCCCAUUUUGGACCAACUGACCCACAGUAAACUGAACUUGGAGGCUGAAUUGGAAUCAUUGCAAGAGGCAAUUUGUAAUCUCAAGAAGACCUAUGAAGAGGAGCUGAAGUCUUUGAAAAAACAGACAAGCAACGUCGUUGUUGAAGUCAGCUCUUGCUCUGGACCGGAUCUGAAGAAAAUCCUGGAGGAUAUGAGACGUAAAUAUGAAGCAAUGAUCGACUCGAACCGCAAGGAAGUUGCAGAGUGGUAUGAAGGCAAGCUGGAGGAGGUGAACCAGGAAGUCUGUACCAGCAGCAAAGAAGUGGAGGAUGGCAAGCAGAAGGUCAUUGAUCUGAGACGCCAGCUACAAGUUUAUGAGAUCGAUCUUCAAGCCCAGUGCACUCUGAGGGACACGCUGCAAGUGUCGUUGGCGGAGACAGAAGGUCGCUACAAUGACCACCUCGCCGAAAUACAGGGUCAGAUCUUGAGCGUGGAGCAGCAACUGGCACAGCUGCACUUGGAAAUGGAGGACCAGAGCCAAGAAUACAGCGAGCUUCUGGACGUUAAAAACCGGCUGGAGCAUGAGAUCAAGACCUACCGCUGCCUGCUGGAAGGAGGGCAGCAAGACCCCAUAGGAAGAGGGGGAGCAGGAGUCACCCACCCAUCUUCAGCUGGGAGCAGAGGAGGAAAAAAUUCUCCGUCUACCAAACAUCGACCAAGCCAAGCCACACAGCGCCGUUAG